AUGGCGCAACCAUCUCCGUCUGAUCUCAUUUUCACAGUGAGAAGACAGAAGCCGGAGCUUAUAUCGCCGGCAAAACCUACUCCUCAUGAGAUCAAGCCUUUGUCUGACUUAGAUGACCAACAUUUCUUACGCAUGCAAAUUUCACUCAUACACUUUUAUCGUCCUAAGCCUUCCAUGGCAGGCAAGGACCCAGUCAAAGCCAUCAGAGAAGCUUUGGCUCAGACACUUGUGUUUUACUAUCCUUUUGCAGGAAGACUCAAGGAAGGUGGAGGUCGCAAGCUUAUGGUGGAUUGUAAUGAAGAAGGUGUUAUGUUCACUGAGGCUGAUGCUGACGUCACGCUUCAACAGUUCGGUGAUGAUCUUCACCCUCCAUUUCCAUGCCUUCAAGACCUCCUUCACUCUCCUCCUGGUUCUGAUGAAAUCGUUCACCGUCCAAUCUUGCUUAUUCAGGUGACACGCCUCAAGUGUGGUGGUUUCAUCUUUGGUCUUCGCAUGACUCAUUGUUUAUGUGACGGACCUGGAAUAGUCCAAUUCCUGAAUUCCCUUGCUGAAUUUGCUAAUGGCGCAACCGAACCUUCGAUCCAACCAGUGUGGCACAGAGUACUUCUAAAUGCGAGAGACCCACCACUUGUUAGUUGCACUCAUCAUGAGUACGAUGAAGAAGUGAUCGACACCACAAAUCCAUCCACAAACACCAUUCUUCGAUCUUUCUUCUUCGGACCUACUGAGAUCUCUUCCCUCCGUCGAUUGCUCCCCGACCACCUGCGUCAAUCCUCCUCAUUUGAGGUUGUCACAGCUUGCCUUUGGCUUUGUCGAACAAAAGCUUUACAACUAGAUCCACAAAAAGAUGUUCGCAUGAUGAUCGUUGUCAAUGCACGUUUUGGACGUAACAAACUAAACCCUCCAUUAUCAAAAGGUUAUUAUGGCAAUGCUACUAUGUUUCCAGCUGCAAUUUCAACUGCUGGUAAGCUUUGUGAGAGUCCGUUGGGGUAUGCUUUGGAGUUAGUGAAGAAAGCAAAGGCUGAAGUGGAUGAGGAGUAUUUGCGCUCCACAAUUGAUCUGAUAGCUACGAAACGACCAAGAUUAUGUGGAAUAUUAAGAUCAUGUAUGGUAUCAGAUUUGAGCUAUCUUGGAUUCGGAGAUGUUGAUUUUGGGUGGGGCAAAGCAGUGUAUGCUGGUAUUGCAAAGAAUCCACUUGAGACAUUUCAAGGAUUAACUGCUUACGUUGGAUAUAAAAAUAGUAAAGGAGAGGCAGGUAGGGUCGUGCCUAUUUGCUUGCCACAGGAAUGCAUGGAGAGAUUUGCUAAAGAGUUGGAUUGCUUACUUAACGGUGUCCCGCAGGAGAUCCAAGAAUCAACAAGUGUGAUUGCUGAACUCUAA